UCCCACUGAUAUUUCCUACUGAUCGUUUGCCUUAUCAACUGGUCCCUACCACUGUCUCCUUCGUUGGCCGACUCAUUCUUUCGUUUACCCUCCAACCCACCACGCUCCUUAUACUCGGUAUUAUUGUAUAGUCACUCUUUUAUACUUCUGUCUUUCGUUCUUUUUGUUACCCCUAAUCGAUUCCUCGAGAUUCGCGAUUGCGCCCCUUAAAGCAAACAACAAACUCGAUCAUUAACCCGACGUCCAACCGACGUCAUGCUCUUCACCAAGUCCGCCGUUGUCUUCUCCGUCCUUGCGCUCUGCAAUGUGGUGGUUGCCGCUCAGCCGCCUGCUUGUUUGCUUUCCGUCGUGGGCGACGAGCCGAACCCCGCGGACUUGAAGACCAUUUGCGUCAAGAAUGGAGAUAAGAUGCAAAAAUUGAUUUCGAAGAAGUGCGACGAUGAUGACAAGAAGGAUGCUUUGUCGCACUUUUCCGAUACCUGCUCUUCCAACGGAUACAAAGUCGAUGUCAGCACCUCAACUACCAUGUCCGGUUCCACUACCACCGGUUCUCAAUCGACCAAAACUGGCUUCACCACCGCUACCGCAACCUCUGGCUCUAGCUCGAGCUUCUCGAGCGCCUCUAGCUCCUCCGACUCGGCUUCCAGCUCCGCGUCCGCUGACACCACGGUCUCUGCGGGUGCGUCUGACAGACACGUUUCUGCGGCGGCUUUCGCGGCCGUUGUCUUUGUUGGUUUCGCGGCUACCAUGUGAGGGUUUUUGAUCGAUUGCUGUAUGGAGUAACACUGUUUGUUUGAUUUUUUUCGGCUUCAGCCUCGGGAUUUAUAUCUUGAAAUAUACCCAAGCUGCUUUUUGUUCGUCUCCUCUUCGCUUCGUUUAUAUAGUAGUGUCAACCGUUAUAGUGCAGAUCAGAAGGCCCACAUAAAGUUUUCGCGGCAGAAUGUUGGUGACGCGCAGGUUGUAGAUAGUCAAAGUAUGAAACUUGCGCUUGUUCUACCCGGGCCUUGCUGGUAAUUUGUACUCUUCUGGGUCUUUUGGACUACGCAAGCCUUCUUUGUUCAUUGCAACUCAUUACCUGCUCUGGAAUAUCUGAUCCGCC